GUCUUCGUUUGACGCAGAUAACAAUCUAAUCUACCUGCCCUUUCGAUGACCGAAGUUCAUGUUAGCAGACGGUUAUGAUAAAUUGGCUAUUUGCAGAUGACGUUAACGCCGACAUUAUAUCGAAAUUUCAACAAUGGCGACUAGGCCUAGUAGUAGUAGGCUAGUAUAAUAGAGACUAGUUCAGCAGCGUGUUUAGAGCGUGUGAGGCUGGCUUUUUUAGCGUGUGUCUGUUCCUUUCGUCGGCCGCCGAUGAUUCAUCUAAAGACGCGUUUGAUUCAUCAGUCGUACACCUUCGUGCUGCUUUUGUAUUAAUUAAGGCACUAAAGCCUAGUCGUUCACAAUGGCGUCGUGUAGUAGUGUGGAAUCUCGAUAUUCAAUUGUUGAAAUCAUACUGCUUUUCUUGGCCUGUGGAGCAAACUUGGCUACAUUGGCAUUUAUAUCGAUGUCAAGACAUGACAACGAUGGUUCGUGUCUUUUAUUUGCUGAAAUACAGGUAAUAUCAAGGAAUGCGGCGGCGCAUCAUUCGAGCAAAUGUCGUUUUCCGAUCAGUGUUCACAUUGCGUCAUUUCUUUACGCGGCCUUCCAUGUGAUCUAUUGGCUGUAUAAACUGAUUCGGGGCCAAGAAGGAUCGAAAUUCCUACAGGUAGUGAGUAUCUUCGCCUAUGGAAUUUUAUCCCUUUUACUGUUUGUUGUCUCUAUCCUGAUAACAAUGGGACUGAAAAGUUUGUGCAAUGAAAUAUAUGAAAAGUCACCAAGAAAACGUGACAAUUGCAGGGAUUACCAGAAUAAAAGACUUGGUGACAUCUUCAAAAACCCUGGAUAUGCUAAGUUCUAUGAUAUUCUGCACAAUGCCGAGAUUGCUUCGUGGAUUGCAUUCUCAAUUUGGUUCAUUGUAGCUGCGUUGACCAUGUCGCGCUGCUAUUCCAGAAAACCAGGAUACAUCAGAACACGACUUGAACCAGAUAAACCAGAAGUUAUAUAAAAAUAAACACUGUGCUUUAACUGUAAGUAAUAGGAACGUAUACUGAAGAAUAAAUGUGGCACUGAAGAACAGUAUUUGUCAGAUUGUCGCCAUCCAACGCUGGUGUUCACACGUUAGGGCUCAAAUGUAGGACAUCUUGCUUUUGAUAAGCCUACAUCAGAUUUGACCAUGAUUUGACUAUCAUAUGAUGAAGCCCUGUGUGGACAGAAUGUACUGUAUUCGUUUUUUCUUACAAGAUUUUAUAUGCAGAAGCCAGGUGCAUCGUUUUGUUAGAUCUUUAGUAGAAUUUUUAUGAAUGAAAGCCAACCAAUUAAUUUACUAUCACACUGGCAAAGAAUUGAUUAUCGUAAAUCAGAAUUCGUAAGUGAUCAAUAUUUUUAAAUAAAAGUAAAUAUAAUUGAGUAGGUCAUCUAAUUGUAGCAGUGUUUUAAAAGAUUUAAAUAUCAAUAGGCCUUACUGUAUUAUGGAGAGAAUGUGCAUGUCCCCGUCCAUGCUGUUGUUUUGUAGGACCAAUAUCUAACGGGCGGUGUUUAGUGGGAAUGUCAAUAGGGAGGAGGAGCAUUUAAACGGAUGUUAUUUGUAUUGUGUAAUUUAACUGUUCCCUGGUAUUGUUAACAAGUUUAUCAGCUAUGUCAUCACGAUGUGAUUCUUAGUGUCUGUGUCAGUUACGUAGAAAUUACAUUAUAUUAAUCAAGACGUAAUGUGGACAACAUGUAAUAAAACAAGUUUAGGCAUACCAAUUAGAUGUUAUGAUAAAAAGGUUGUAGAAACUCUUUGUGCACUGUAAUGGCAAAUGUGUUGUUGAAGCAACAUUGUGACAAAACUAGGACCUUGUUUUCACUAAAAAAUAAUCAUGUUUCAUCUUUCAGUUAGGCCUACUCAUUACUGUAAAGUGCACCGUAUUAGGCCUCGUCCGAAUAACUAAAUUCGAUAGCGCAAAGUCGUAGUUGAUUUACGAUUUUAAAUGCAAUAUUAGACCCGUAGUUUAGUUACGUAAGUGUUAUGUCAACCUCAAAGAGUACAGUCUACGGUAAAUAAUGCAAGUACUUGCAGUAAACUAUCCACGAUAUUUUUUUUAUCAAGUAUAUAUCAAGUCAACAGACUACGGAUGUCUUCGCCAAGUAAUCAAACCCCGAUAAGUUUAUAAUUAAGUUAUGUAUAGAAAUUUUUUUUUUUAUUGAAAACAGUCUGUUUAUACAGUAUAUACAGUAAUUUAUAUUAUGGCCAGUUAUUUGUACAGUCAGUACUGUAUUUUUGAGUUAGGUCUUGAGCAUUGAAUGCUAUACCACGUAAAACAUAUUCCACCAUUUUUCCAAUAAAGAAUAUUAUAUGACUGAAAA